CUAUGAAUUUAUUGCUGUCUUUGUAUACAUUUAAUUGGUUGUAUGUAUCCUCAAAAAUCGAGAUGGCUCUAAACACAGUGUUUCAUAGUGAAAAUCCAGCAUGCAUUCGGAAGAACGACUUGCGUAAUAUGACAACAAAGUGCUCUGAAGUAAGAGUUUGCGUGUUACAUACAAAAUAAAAUCAUACAGAUUCUUCUUUUGUUUACGACGUAUCCACAAAAUCAGCAGGAAUCUCACUUCUUCGGGUUACAGAAACAAGAAUUUGACAAGAUCUAAGAUCUUACAUAAAGUUUCUUUAAAGAUUUUACAAAUUUCUUGUAAAACGAUACAAAAAUCGUUUCACAGCGAUGUCACGAUACGCAUUAAUUGCUGCCAUGGUCUUCCCAAAUAUGGGGGGUUGGGUGGGCUCAGUUCUUGUCAGCAGAAACAUUUCGAAAUUUCGGAUGCCAAAGUGGCGACCCCCCAACUGGGUUUUUGGAAUGAUCUGGACCGGAUUAUACACGUCGAUGGGAUAUGCAUCUUACCUCGUCUGGCGUGACGGUGGGGGGAAGGCCGAAUAUCCCCUGAUGCUCUAUUCUGCCCAGUUGGCAUUAAACUGGGUAUUUUCUCCACUUUUCUUUGAAAUGCGAAGGAUGGGAACGGCCAUGAUUGAUCUCGGUGUCCUGUACUGUGCCGUUGUGGCGAAUGCGAUAUCUUUCUACCAGAUAAAUUCGACCGCUGGCCUCCUUAUGACUCCUUACAUUGCCUGGCUGACCUUUUCCACGCCGAUGUACUACAUUAUCUGGAAGACUAAUAAGGACGAGGAUGACAAGAUUAAAUAGUGAAGAUGACGUGGAAAGAAAGAUCUAUCUGUUGAGUUUAUGUAAGCAUUUUAAGUUACAUAUUUCAUGCCACAAAAAUUUUGAAUCGUUUUGUAGGUGAUUGAUAGAAUUAUCUUACACUAGAAGACUGUAAUGUUAAGAUUGACAAUAAUAACCAAUAUUUAUGAAAACUGUA